AUGCCCGGCUACUCAGGACUGCCAUCGUCUCCGGGCUCGUCUUCAAGCGCGGCCGCAGCUAUCGCCGGUCGUGGCGGUGCUGGACAACCAUUCGACGCCACAGCGGCACUGUAUGCAAAUCUGAGCGCUGCGCAGCCAUUUGGAGAUGGUGGACUUUACGUUACGCCACAGCCGCUGCAUACCUAUCACAACAAGGUGUAA